UGGAGUUACAUCCACCGACGUGCUGGUAAGGCUGGUUCCUAAGACAACCCAUAAAACAUGCAUUUGCAUUAGCGAGGUUUGUUUUCACCAUCGCGAUUGCAUUGAGUGAGCUGCAGGAAACUGAUUGCAACGCCUGGACGCUGCAAGAGACGCGAAAAGUGUUAAAACAACCGGGACUCCCUGCACAGACAACUGACUAGAACGGAACUAUGAUGCAUAAUACUUCACCGAGCAUAUAAACCUUCUGCCUUUUACCGAUAACGACGCUGGGACUGAAUCUAUUUUCUGCACAGAGACUUCUGGGGUUUGUUCCACCAUCAGCAAGAUGCAUAUGAAUAGCUUAUUAAAUCAAUGGAACAUCUCCAGGAUGUGUGACGUGGACGUGUCCUCGGAGCCCACCAGUCCCACCCUGUACGGUGAGUCUUCAGACAAGUACUACCAUGUGGACCGCUGGCAGAAGCUCCGCACCGCCGUCCGCAAACUGGAGUUCUGGGAAAACUUUACAGCUGAGCUAAUCGGGAGUGGCUUCUUCUCCAAAGUCUAUAAGGUGAUGCACAACACCAGUCGGAAGGUGAUGGUGGUGAAGAUCUACAAAAACGACGUGGACCAAGACAGCAUCGUCCGAGAGAUCAGCCUGCUGCAGAAACUCUCCCACCCCAACAUCGUCAGAUAUCUGGGUAUCUGUGUCAAAGAAGACAAACUCUAUCCGAUCUUAGAGUAUGUAAAUGGGGGCUGUCUGGAGGAGCUUCUGGUCAGGAAAGAUGUUCCCCUGUGCUGGAGAGAGAAGGUGGACCUGGCCUGUGAUAUAAGCAGAGGAAUGAUCUACCUGCACUACAAGAACAUUUACCACAGGGACCUCAACUCAAAGAACUGUCUGAUCCGGGUGACGUCUCGGGGUCGGGAGGCCCUGGUGACUGACUUCGGCCUGGCCAGGGAAGUGGUGGAGCUGCCAGUCAAAGACCCCGGCAGGAAGCUCUCACUAGUGGGCUCAGCCUUUUGGAUGGCCCCCGAGAUGCUCAGAGGAGAGCCAUAUGACCGCAAGGUGGAUGUUUUCUCCUUUGGCAUUGUGCUGUGUGAAAUCCUGGCCAGGAUCCCUGCUGACCCAGAGAUACUACCAAGAACACAGGACUAUGGGCUGAAUGUGAAUGCAUUCAGGGAGCUGGUGACUGACUGUCCUCAGCGUCUCCUGGAGUUAGCAGCCAGCUGCUGUAUGCUGGAGUCCUUCAGACGGCCAGCGUUCACAGAGCUGCUGGAUGAGUUGGGAGAAGUCGCUGAGAGUCUGGAGCCGCCGCCAAAAUCUGAUCUGACCACGAGCUGAGUCGUCCGUCAUCCAGCAACAGGACCGGAGCAUCUGGGAUUAUUCGGCAAUGUCUGGACAGGAAGCUGGACUGAACCCGAACAAAAAACCCAAAAUAUUUCAACCCUCUGUGGCAUCACUCUCCUCCACUGCACAACACAUGACCAUGGCUGAACUUGUCUUAACUGAGGUGGUGCAGAUAUACUAGAUGUGUUUUUGGAGGGCAGUGGAAACUCUCCUGACUUCUCAUGGACACUUUGCUUUGACACAUUUGUGUACAGAUGAAUAGUAGUUUGACUUAUAGAAGUGAAUAUACAGUAUGGUCUGUUAUAUAUAUAUAUAUAUUUUUUUUUUUUUUUGCUGCACGUCUUACUUGACUAAAAGGUCUUAUCCUCUCUUCCUGUUCUUUGUGAGUGGUUUGUUUGUAACCAACGACACAGAUGAUCAAGUCUGUUGAUGUAUUUUCUGCCUCUUCUAUCUGCUUGCCCGUCCCUUUUGAUUCUGCAGGCCUGGACUCUGCUUCAGCACUUCUCCAACAGGAAAUUGCAUUGGUUAACUGAGCGAGAAUGGUCUGCUCUCUAACAAACAGAUCGCCAGACAUCAUUUCACAUUAGAUGGGACAGAAGACUGUUUCAGAAAGCAGAGCAGUCAUGGAUGCACGCAACAAAUAUAUGACAAAUAAAUCUGGAGCUGAAGAGAUUUUAAGUUGUCGUGUAGACUUUGAAGAGUUGAACAGAAACAAAAGUUGACAGAAACCGCAAACAUGCGUGUUCAGGUUCACGGUUCACAUUCAUGGUCAUAUUAAAUGUUGGUCUCAUUUUAAGCUAUUUAUUAUUUCCGUAAAAUUAUAUUUGUCUUGAAUAACACUGAAAACCUCCGACAUAUCAGCUUUUCAGUAACAACGAAAACAUGUUUUAGGACUUUAGUCUUUAUUCAGCAUAAUGACUUUGCAUUUUUGAUUUAACCGGUGGAUUUUGCUCAAAAGAACCAUACAUUUCUCAACAAUGACAUCACAAAAAGUGGUUCUCUUUUUGCUUUGUCAUAUUUUGUCGUUAUUUUUCUGAGUUUAUUAAGUUACUGAAUUGAAUAUAAGCGUGUAAAUAUUUAAGCUUUUCUCUUUUGCUCACAUUUUUUAAAAAUUCUGCCAUCUUUUUUGAGAUUGAAAGGGUCCACAUUCUUUUAAGUUUACCAGUAUUUACUACUUUCUGGUUUGUGUGUGGUCUCAAUGAUUUUUCAGGCAGCUACAACAAAACUCUCACAAAAGCCACAUUUGGUUUCUAUCCUAUUAAAGGUCCAGUGUGUAGGAUUUAGUCGCAUCUGGCAGUGAAAUUGCAGUUUGCAACCAUUUGAAUACCGCUUGCCUCCCCCUCCACUUCCAAGUGUGUAGGAGAAGCUACAGUGGCCUCUCGAAAAAACAUGAAAGGCCCUAUCUAGAGUUAGUGAUUGGUUUGUCCGUUCUGGACUACUGUAGAAACAUGGCGGUGCAACAUGUCGACCUCCGUGGAAGGGGACCCGCCCCCUAUGUAGAUAAAAACUGCUUAUUCUAAGGUAAUGAAAACGCAACAAUUCUUAUUUUCAGGCGAUUAUACACUAAUGAAAACAUACUUAAUAUUAUAUUCCAUUUCUGCCAAUAGCUCCUCUUGUUUUACACACUGGACCUUUAAAUUGAUUGAAGGAAACAGUUCCGUAAGUUAGUUCUCAAACUUCAGAAAUACAGGUUUAGUUUUCUUGCACAUACACGCAAGUGAUAAAAUAGUGGAAAAAAAGAAUAAUGAAAUACAAGUGAACACAUACAGAAAUUGUGAAACAGAGAGAAGGAAAACAAUGUCUGAAAAGGGAAAAAGCUUUUUAGACAUUCUGCUCAGAGUGACUAUAAAUAUCAAUCUGCAUUCAGAGUGUUUUUCAGAGCUCGCUGUUUCAUUUUUCACAUUCCAUUGUGGAAAACUAAUGGAACCCUUUUCAUUUAAUUUUCUUAAAUAACAGUUGAAAAAUAAAGUUUCAGUCCCAUUUUACAUGAA